UUGAGAAUAGGGGAUACAUAACCAAGCUAGUGGAUACUCUGUGUGCCCAGCAUCGUUUUUAACAGCCUCUUUUGCUUUUUGAUUCUGUUCACAAUGGCACAGGUCAACAGAUGUCUGAAACAGCUGUUCUUUGGAUUCAACAUGUUGUUAGGGAUUGCAGGUUGUGUCCUAUUGGUUUUGGGAAUGACCGCAGCACCAUACAAUAAAGAGCUUGACCAAGGAGAGUCAGCUGGCUUGGCAUGGAUUGUAUCAACUGCAGUUGUUUCUGUGCUACUCUCUUUACUUGGAGCAUAUGGUGCAUACAAAGAGAACAUUGUGUUUCUGAGAGUGUUCGUUGGAAUAAUGGGCUUUGGAAUAAUCGUCUUUCUUAUUGUUGGAUUUAACGUGGCUCGUUCAAUGCCUGAGGCCAUGCAAAUGAUUAAAGAAAACCUCUCUUCAGCUACAUCAGCAAUGAUGGCUGAUGAAGAGCACCGACAAACGAUCAUGGCUCUACAAGCAGAAGCUAAGUGUUGUGGAAUAAUGAGUUACAGAGACUGGGAUAGCAAGAUUCCAGAGACCUGUAAAUGUUCUACUUUCAAAUCAGACCCAUCCCAAUGUAUGGAGGUGCAAACAACUAAAGAUGACGGCAUCUGGGGAACAUCUGAAAUGAUGUGGAUCUACAGCAAGCCCUGCGGUCCUCUCAUCAUGAAGAACUUAGACUCCGCUCUUAAGACCGCACUUGGAUUCUUCUUUGGGUUUGCUGUUUAUGCUUUGAUUGGGGAACUGUUGUCCUGCAUGAUGAUUGGUCAGAUCAAGAAGGUGCAGUCUGCUGAUGUUCUUGAGAAUGUAGAAGGACGGGUAUCAUUUCACACCUCAAUUCUAAGCAAUUCGCCAUGCGGAGGGAGUUGCGGGAGUUGAACCGACGACCUUAUACCCGUAUCUCCCAUAACCAGGGAUGAGGUCAGGGUUUCAGUCUGGCAUCCAGGCAAGAGGAGAGGAACAGAAGGUGCUGAAACCAACGUGAGACGAGGUGCAACCCAAAAAAAAUGAAUAUGAGCGUUUGGAAUGAAAAGGAAUAACUCAAGCUCACAGUUAAAAACCUCGAUGCUUUAUUUAUCUAAUUUGUGUGAAAGAUCAUAACGACGUUGUGUCUGUCCAUGGCUUUUCUGGUCAUUCUGAUGAAGUCCAUUAAUGGUCAAAAACGUCUUGAUUUUAACUCAAAUUUAGAUUAGUAACGUAUCAAGCUUUGAACUAUGACGGAGAGUCAUGCCUUUUUUCUCAAAAAAAUUUUUGUUGUUGUUUUAUUUUUACUUUUUUUUUGUUAAAAAAUAAAUGCACUGUUGGU